AUGCCGCAGCACGAACAAGACGCCGAGGAGGCGCCUCGUCCCGCGCCGAGCGACACCCGCCACGACGACGACGACGACGCACCGGCGCCUGCCGCCGCCUCCGCCUCCUGGGGCAGCGACCCGUCGUCUCUGGCCGCCGCCAUCGAGAGCGAGGAGAAUAAGCUGGUCUCGCGGCGCUUCCCGCGCUUGCGAGCGGCCCUGUACGCGUCCGUGAGCGCGCGACGGGACGAGCUCGAGGCCAUGAUCUGCCGCCUGCUGCGGGUGCCGUCGUGCCGCAUCGUGCCGUCGGCGCUCUGGCGGGCGGGCAGCUUCAACGUGGCCAUUCUCGUGCGCCUCCCGGCCGGCCGCAACGUGUACCUGCGGCUGCCGUUUGCGCACCGCAGCGGCGAGGACCACUUCCCGGGCAAUACGGAGGAGAAGCUGCGGACGGAAAUCGCGACCUACCUGUGGCUGCGAGAGCACUGCCCGGACGUGCCGAUUCCUACGUUGCAUGCCUUUGGGCUCCCUGAUGGCUCCGUUUUCACAUCGCCCGAGAACACGCCUUGGCGGCGUCGAGUAUGGUGGAAGCUCAACCACAUCCUGGCGCUGGCUCUGGGCCGCGCUCCUAUCCGACACGUACGACACUCGAUUCGCCACAGCCUUGAUUGCGGGUUUUUGCUCAUUAGCGAAGCUGAAGGCCAAAGCCUGGCGUCGUCCUGGUAUCUGCAUUACCGCGAUGAGGCCUAUAAGGCGAAUCUCUUCCGCGACCUGGCGCGUAUCGCGAUAUCCAUGAACACCAUCCCGCUACCACGCAUUGGUGCUCUGUGCCUCGAGCAAGACACUGUCUCUCUGAGCAAUAGACCGCUGAACUUGUACAUGCAUAUGGUGGAAAACGAAGGCGUGUCUUGCCAGAUCCCGCGUCGACGGACGUACCUAGAAGUCGACCCGUACGUGGCGGACCUGCUCACGCUGCAGGAUGCCAAACUGCGGGGACAGCCGAAUGCGAUACUCGGCGUCGAGGAUGGCCAGUGCCAGAUGGCUGCUCUCGCGGCGUUACGCGCCACCAUGCACCACUUCAUCGACGCAGACCUGCGGCAGGGCCCCUUCUUCCUUACGUUGACCGAUCUGCAUCACAGCAACAUCUUCGUCGACGACCAAUGGAAUGUGAAGUGCAUUAUCGACCUCGAGUGGACGCACAGCCUGCCCGCGCAAAUGCAAACCCCGCCGUACUGGCUCACGUCGCGGGCCGUGGACGGGCUCAAGGACCGCGCACAAAUCGACGAGUACGAGGCGGUUCUAGAAGAGUACCUGGCUGUGUACGCCGACGAAGAGUACAAGCGGCAUGGCUCGACGAGGCAGGCUGAGCUACAGCGUCAAACGUGGCGCAGCGGCGGUUUCUGGUUUUUCAAGGCGGCUUCGAUCCCGAAAGGCAUGUACAACCUGUUCAACAGACACAUCCAGCCAAUGUAUAAUGAACAUCAUCCCGACAUGGCCGUCUUUGACGACGUUUUCCACUGGUAUUGGGGCCUGCGGGCAUCGAAGCUUAUUGACAGGAAGCUGGCGGAGAGGGAAGCCUACAUAAACGAACUCAGAAAAGCACACCAUGCGGGAGAGAGCGACAAUGAAGUGUAG